AUGGCGAAACGAUCGUGGAAUCAAGUCGACGGCGCCGCCACCCAGCCUGCCUCACGCCGUCUGUCUACCAAACAUGCAACCCAGAACACUCGCAUCAAAGCCGGAAGCCCAGGCAGCCCCAACGAAACAAAGCUGUUCCAGCGCAAUGGAAGCUUCUCCGACCAACGCCCUCCCACUCCGAGCUUGACAGACGCCGGAUCUGAGCCCCGGUCAGCAAAGUCGACUUCCGGUGGAUCGCGCCAGCGAGCUGCCAGCUUGGCUCAGUCGGAUGAUAACGAUGCCAUCAUGUGGCCGUCAAUUACUCGCAAAGUAAAAGCGUGUGCUGCUUGCCGGAAACAAAAGAUCAAGUGUGAUAUGGAUGACGAUUGUCCACCGUGUAAAAGAUGUAAAGAGAGAGGCCUCUCGUGUAAACUCAACAAGAGCUUGCAGACAUUAAUUGACGAAGAGUCACGAUGGCGCAAAACAGUAGGCCACGAUUUGAGUACCAUGCACUCUGCUCUCGAGCAGACAUUGCGAGCUCUUUCUCUGCCGUCACUACCCAAUCUUCUCACACCACUUCCCGACCACGGUGGCAGCCAGGAACAAGAAAUAGUGCCUGCACAGCUCCCUGUUGAACCCGUUCCGCAACAGGCCAUGUUUGAGGUGUCUCCUCAAUUACACCCUGUUGACCACGAUACACUUGCUCAAGUACCAAUUGACUCCCUUUAUGAAAUGACCCGUCUGCGUUCUCUGCGUGGAGAGACGUUCGAGGAGCAACCGACCAGUCGCCACGACGACUUCAUCUCGCGAGGCUUGCUUCAUGUUGACCAGGCCGAGAAACUGUUCCAAUUCUACCACGCCCACCUCGAUCCCUAUAUCUAUGGCCUGGCAAGCAAGUACAAGACACUCGAUAGUCUCCGGGGCAGCUCUUCUCUUCUAACCGCCUGUAUCUGUGCGGUCGCAGCCUCUCACCAGGCGGGUAAUGGCCAGGUCUAUGAAGUCUGUAAUCAGGAAUUCCGCCGGUUGGUAUCAAGUUCCAUGUUCGAGCGCCGCAUCAGUCUGGAUUAUCUCCGUGCGCUCGUCAUCGGGUCAUACUGGCUUAGCGACGUAUCAUGGACGCUGGCUGGAUUUGCCGUCCGUCGCGCCAGCGAUAUCGACCUGCAUAAGUUUUAUUAUCGUAUUCUUGACUCGACCAACGGAUUUGCCGAAACCCCGAACAGUUGGGAUCCAUCGGACCCGGAAGCUUCAAUCGACCCCGUGCGAUUGUGGUAUUUAUUGUAUAUAUGUGAUCAACACCUGUCCAUAUUGUAUACCAGAGCCCCUAUGAUUCGCGAAGACGACACAAUUCGAGGCUGGCGAGGCUAUCUCGAGUCACCACAUGCGACCCAGUCCGAUGUGCGGAUAUCAAGCCAAGUUGCGCUCAUGAUGCUGUUGGGCCAGGUGCGUGAGCUUUUUGGCCUUGAUGCCACCAAGUUUGUUCCUCGCGCCUUUGUCUCGCAUAUCAAUACUUUCAGUCACCAUCUCGACAAAUGGCUUGCUCAUUGGUCGCCUAAGCUUCAUGCAAAUGAACAUAUCGGUGACUUCCCUACAAAGGGUAUUCUUUUGCACUACCACUUUGGAAAGCUCCAUCUGUUCUCUCACGUAUUCCGAGGCCUCAAGUCGGGCAGCCAUAUCGAGCCCAUUCCUUCAUACUUCAGAGACGCCGCUUCAACGGCCGUGUCGCACGCAACCACAGUCCUUGAGCUACUACUCAACGAUACAGAUCUGCGACGCAGCAUCAUUGGCGUGCCGCACUACUUCCACACGAUGAUUGCAUUCGCCUGCGUUGUGCUUCUCAAAGUCGCCGAUCGAUACCGAGAAGACCUCGGCAUCGACGUCCAAAGCACGCACUCUCUUAUCCAGCAGAUCAUCGAGCUGCUGCGCCGAAAUAAUUGUGGCCGCUAUCAUCUCGUGCACUGGAUGGCCGAGGGGCUCGAAAAGAUGCUCAAAUCGUCACGUCGUAGCAGUUCAUAUCUUCCUCCUGCGUGGAAUAAUAAUCAUAAUAGCGGCAGCAGCAACAGUAGUAGUCAUGCUCUCAGCCCCCUCGAGCAAGACCCCGUCGGCAAUUCGCUGUUCAACAGUGUGUCCGAUAUCCCUGAACAGCCUUCAUUCCUCUCCCUCGACCCCAACUUUGAUAUGCAAACCGGCCUGAAUGUUGACGAGGGUCCCGGUGCCAGCGCUCCAUUGGGCAGCGGCCCAUUCCUACCGAUGUUGGAUGGAAUUGACAAUGCGGAUUAUGACUUGGCGGACUUGAGUUUUAAUUUUGUUUGA